AGUGGCUGCCAUGUAGCCACGUGCUAGCAUAACUGUGAGGGUGCUAAAGUGUCCUGCAAAAAUGUAUAUGUCGUUUAUAGUUCCUUAAAAAAUGUCAGGCAGCUUUAAUAAACAUUGUUUUAUUUGCUUUAAAGUUAAUUUAAAAUUAAUUUUGAGUGAUAAACAAUUCAUUUAUAUGUGUUUGUUUUGGCCUCUGAAAUCCAUUCUUGUCAGGCUACAGUACAAAGCAGCACAAAAUAACACAACAGAAGAAAAAUACAUACACAAAAGAGCUGUACAUAUCCAAUAAAUUAAUCUAAUUUAAAAAAUAAAUAACGCAUGUCAGAGGGAGAAAAUGCUGUGACCAUUCUGAAAAAGUAGUAUCUUUUUAUUAAACAGUUUAGGAUUAAAUCUGUAUACUCUUUAAAGCAAAAGCUGAUUAUAAACACUCUUUCUUUCACUGUACACACCACAGGCGCCUCUCUUGCUGUGUCAUGCCAGCAGAUUUAUUUUCAGCCAAAUGUCUGAAAGGCAGACUGGAACCUACCAUCCUAUACAUGGGGCUGAGAGAGAGAGACAGGGAGUUGUGGACCUCACAGCUGUUGGGAUGGAGGGAAGCCACCAAUACAUCACGUCACACUCAGGACACACCCUGCCUACGAUACAGUGUGGUACAGUGCAGUGGACAAGAGGUGGUAGAGAGACGUCAGAUGGAGGUUCUGUGUUUGCCAAGGUUGCCCCGGGUCGCGGUGUGUGGCGGUACCCAUGGCAAUGAGCUGUCUGGGGUGUACUUGGUUAGAGAGCUGCUUAAAGCGAAGAAGCAGGCGUUGAAGGAGGAAAAAGAGGAGAAACCACUGUCAGUGCUGAUGGUUCUGGGGAACCCAAAGGCUGUGCAGCUCUGCCGCAGAUAUGUUGACACAGAUUUGAACCGCUGUUUCACCCAUGCCAUCCUUAAUUGUCCCUUGUCAGACAGGCCACCCUACGAAAUGAUCAGAUCAAGAGAUCUGAACGCCUUGCUGGGUCCCAAAGGAACUCGUGAAUCGGUGGAUCUUGUUUGCGACCUUCACAACACCACCGCCAACAUGGGAUUGUGCUUCAUCGCAUACUCUGACUGUGACUGGAUCUGCCUGCACAUAUUCAAAUACCUGCAGAUGCAGCUGCCCGACGUACCAAUGAGGUACAUCCAUUUCGACGUCUCUAAUAAAGAAUCAUAUUCUCUUGAUUCAGUAGGAAAACACGGCUUUGCCAUGGAGAUUGGCCCCCAACCCCAUGGGGUGGUGAGGUCAAACAUCUAUACAGCGAUGAAAUUAGGCGUGCAGCACAUGAUGGAUUGGAUCCAUUUCUUCAACUCAGGUACUAUUUUUGAAGGAGGACUUGUGGAGGUGUUCACCAUGGUUAAAAACAUUGACUACCCAAGAGACAGUGAAACACGCAACAUCACCGCAGCCAUUCAUCCUCAACUCCAGGACAGAGACUUCUGCCUGCUUCACCCGGGAGACCCGUUGUUCCAGACAUUCUCAGGUGAAACACUGAGUUAUAAAGGAAAAGAACCUCUUUAUCCUUUCUUCAUCAAUGAAUGUGCUUAUUACGAGAAGGGCAUCGCUCUCUCCCUCGCAAGAAAAAGGCGUGUGAUCAUUCCUGCAAUCCGGGUGCAGACAGAGGAGGAGCAACAGGCUAACGAAGAGAGUUUUGCAUCGGAGGAAGAAGAUUGAGGAUGGACUUGACAUGAUGAGACUGACGUGACCAUUAAUUCAAUUUUACAAAAAGCGUUUAUUGAAACGACAGCUGAUGAUGGACUAAUCAUAAAUACACUCGCAUACUGUACAGUCACACAAAUAAUAUUUAGGUGGAAAUUUGUCAUGGUUUCAGGUCCAUAGAAUGAACAACACAUUCACUGUUGACUCACACAAUUACAGUCAUUUAGUGUUUACACUAUAGAGGAUUCAGGGAUAGAACAAUUUCUUGAAUUAAAAUACUGAAUAUGCAAAAUACAUCUUGUUCAUCAUAAUACCCAUAAGACCACACACAGUGCAUCAUUUUCAGACAUUCUUUAGUUUUUUGAAACCGUGAAAGGUGGUGCUUAAUAUAUUACAGACAUAUAGCAUGGCUUUUAGGGUUAAAGCGAUUCUUUUCUAAAUGUAUUUUUAUUUUAUUUCAUAUACAUUGUCUAAAAAAUAUA